AUGGCGCCAAAAUAUUUACCCAGAGACCUCAUGGAGGUCCAGAUCGGCGAGGUCGAUCUUCUCAAGGCAAUGUAUGCAUCCGACGAAGAGCUGCAUAUGGACGACGCGUCUCAACAGCUGCUGGAGUCGCUGCGGCAUUGGUGUGAGAGCGAUGGAGGAAAACUGCCUGAACUGGAGGCAUCGGCUAUAUCUGUUCUCCUCAACCUUUGUCUCGACGAAGCCGACGAGAUGCGCGACCUGCAGCUGGGGAUCUCCGUCCCUGUGGUGUUCCCACAUGACGAAGGGCAGGCAGACGACGACACGGAACCACCAAAGGCCAAGGUCUGGAUUCGCCAAUCCACGUGGAUGAGCAAAGCCGAAGCCGCGCGGUUGACCGACGAGAUUCCCAACGAAGACAUUCUGAGCGCCAUUGAAUUUGCCAAAGAGGCGGCAUCACAGCUCCUCCUUGAUCGAGCGCAGCAAAGGGAAUCGUCGUCUGCUACGCCUACAAGUACAGAGGCCAGCAUGGUGCGCAUCUGGUUCUACUUCCCCUCGAUCAGCACCCGCGUGAAGAGGGACGACAUUGUCCACCACGCCCCCUCGUACGGCCUCACCGGGUUUCUCCUGGCUGGGAAACCGGGGAUUCUGUGUCUGGAGGGCGGGUCCCAGGCCAUUGAUGACUAUAUGAAGUUUAUCAAGACGGAGAGCUGGAAGGACAUUCCCUCGCAGCACAAAAAGGUGAGCGAGCGGUAUCGACAGGCUGGUAUCGAUGUGACCCGCGUGUUCGACGACAUGCAGGAGAUCACGGAUGAGUUUGGCGACACGAGACGAGGCGCCCGGGGAAACCGUAACGACAUGAGUGUGCUCAAGGCAUGGCUCGACGAGCAUGGCGUGGGCGAUGCAUUUGAGAAAGUGUUCAUUUGA